UCCUUUGUGGGGUCACGGAGAUGUGGCUAGACCUUAGCAGCUCCUCCUUUCGUCAUGAAGGCCUGCUUUCGCUUGUGCUUCUCGUCAGCCUUCGCAGGACAGAGGGCGCCAGCAUACCAGGUAGAGAAGGACACUGUAAGGUCUACCACCUGACGGACAAUGACACAGGGUCCUCCUCCACGCCCCUCGUCCCCCUGUCAAAGAGCACGGUAGUCUACUUCUACAGCGACUCGCCGUUCUGGAGUCACUUCUCCAUCAGGUUCGCCAACCGGUUCGACGAGACCUCUGGAAUGCUGUCCUACCAAAUGAGAGCUGAGGGGGAACAGGACGCCAGUGGGACCUUCACCCUGACAGGGUUACAGGAUGCAGAAGAUGGGGAUGGCUCGGCCAAGAAAUACAAGGAGGAAGUUGUGAAGAUUCCGGAGGACGUGUUUCACCUGCACCGCAAUGUCUGGAUCAAUCUAACCAUGGGGGUGGUGGACAGUAAGCUGAAGUUGUUCUUUGCAGAUUACGCCACCAUUCAUUUCACCAUCAAUGCUGCUUUUUUCAACAAGGUUUCUGUUCACAGCGAGGAAGGCCAAGCCAUCUCGGUCACUUUCGACUGUAUGGACAGUCAGAAUGGUACUGGGGCUACUCACUCCAACAGCAAUACUGGCCUGAUCAUUGGACUGACCUUACUGAUUUUAGCAGGGCUCCUCAUUACUGCUGCCAUCUACAUCUUCAGAAAAAGGAGAAAUGGACUACUUGAGAGUUACAUCCUAAGAAAAGGGAGAAAUAGACAACAGUUGAGUAGUUCUGAAGAAACGCAAGAACAAAUGGGAGAACACAGCAAAAUCAAUAUUCACAACAACCCUUUCGAAAGCCAGAGUGAAUGUGAAACAGGUCAGUUGCUAAAACCUGAAGGUGAAAGGGACAUAGAAUACAGCACUAAAAAUGAAGUUGAGCUUGAUAAAGCAAUAUCAGAGGUAACAAAGAAUGAUGAUGAAAUGGCACCCACUUUAAAAUAUCCAAAAAAAGCUGAUCAAAAUAGUAAACAAACAAACGAAAAUCUAGUAAUGACUGAUGGGCAUCUUAAAGAAAAUGAAAAUUCCUGUCAGGCACAUUCACCAUUAGUAAUCAGUAUUCCAAAUCCUGAAGAUGGAAAAACUAUACUUAACAAGGAUAGUGCAUUACCUUCCCAAGGGGAAGAUGCAUUACAAAGAGAGCUAAGAAGUAAUCAAUCUGGUGAAAACUGCACAGUGCCUUUAUCAAAAGUGUCUUCUAUAUCUGACGAGGCAGGAGUACAAAAAUCUUACCAAGAGGAAGCACUUCAACAAGAAGCAAGUGCAAAUCAAGGUAAUAAAAUAAUAGGUGUUCAAUCUAAAUCAAAAGAAAUGCACAAUUAUGCAAUUUCUGAUCUGCAGCACACACCGAUGCCAGAUAUAGUAAAAAACACUACAAUGCAAUGCAACUGCAGCUUACUUAACGCUUCUGAAAGAGCUACAAAUGGGGCAGAUGAUGAGGGCAACAACUAUAUAUCCGAACACCAAGUGAGAUACGGCUUGACAGAAAAACAGCAGAAUGGCAAGGAACACACUAACGAAACCUUGAAUAGUACCACUAUGUGUCAAACUGCUCAUUCUACAUACAUGGAAACAGAUAUCAGAAGCAUUGCAAAAAUAAGUAGUGAGGAGGAACAAGGCAAUCUCCCUGAGAGAAGUAAGAGCUCCGUGGGCCAAGAAAUGGAGGAUUUUGGUGCUAUGGUGCCUAACUUUCCAAAUUCCCGUGAAAUUCCAAAACAUGAGAGCCAAGAAAACCAAGCUGAGAAAGAACAAAAACAGGAGAGCCAAGAAAACCAAGCUGAGAAAGAGCAAUGUCAAGAGAAAACAGAUGCUGAAUCAAAAUCAAGCACUGAGAUAUCUCAUUCUAAGGACAUGAAAGCAACAAAUGCAAACGAAAUACUGACUGUAUCCACCAGAGCACCAUCCAAAGAAGAUACAUUUAACAGAAAAGAGAUGACCAAGAGAGAAUCAACAAAAACAAAGAAGAAAAAUAAGGGUAAAAAGACCCCCAAAACGUCAAACACACCUCAAACACAUUCACCAGAAAACCACCCUGCUGACGUGGUAAAUGAAAGCAUCCACUUAAACAAGCCUGUACAAGAUAUUUCCCAAUCUGUCACUAAAAACCGAGAAGAUACGCGACAAAUAACGCACACUACUCCUGAAGAUUACCACAAGAAACAAGUGUCUUAUAAAACUGAACCUCAAUCUGUUGUCUGCAGUAGUGUGGCCCCAUUGCAAUUUGGAAAACCAGAGGAAAACCAGAACUUAUAUGAAACUCCCACAACUUCACUAAAAAUUAUGUCUAAAACUCUGGUACCUACACAAGCUGACCAAGUAAGUCCAAGUAUCAAAUCAAGACCUGAGUCAACAGCUGCUAAAAUUAAUGAGUUUAAUGAUAUACCUCAAGUGAACCAAGAAGGUAACCUACUUGUCUCUGAUCAAGCUCUCCUAUCCCAAGCAGACAUGAAGCCACAAAAUGUUCAAAUACUACCAAUUCACAGUGCUAACAAAGACACUUAUCACACCAAUAUUCAUCAAUUGUUGGAAAAUGUCCGACCAAGGACUGAAGACAAUAAAAGAACAGAAGGUUUACAUACCGCAUCAAAUGAACAAACUGAUAGCGAACCAGGAAACAGUGUAAUCAAUAUGUCAAGCCACAAUGGCAUUCAAGAGAACAACCUAGGUUCAAAUGAAAGGAAUGAAAAACAGGUCCAAUGCAACAAUAAUUAUUCACAUGAUGGAACCAAUCAACAGUUACCUUAUAUUUAUUCCACAUUAUCUAUACCAACUGAAGAAGCGAGAGGUUUCACUCAAAUCCAAAAAAUAACCGCAAAUUGUAUAAGCGCUAAUAUGACAAGUGAUACAUAUCCUCAAGUACAACAUUUGCAUCGAGCAAAUAUGGAACUUGAAUCUCCCACAGAACACAGUAAAGUAGAGGAGUUCAUACACACACCAUCCAACUGUCUUCAUUUCCACCGACACCUUCACAAGAUUCUCCUACAAAGCCUGAAUACACCUGGAUGCCAAGGUGACUUUGAAAUAAAACUUGGCAAAGAACUGGAGUUCAAACUAACAAACCUGAACCAACCUUUCCCUCACAAAUCAUCAAAGUGGAAAAUCACGCACUUCCACAGAGACGUGCGCAAGCAGCUCGUGAGAAACCCACCGCACAGAGCUACCAGAGGAGACUUAUUACAUGUAUUCAGGCACAAGGAAAUGAGGAAGAGCAAGGAAAAUAGAGUUCGGUAUCGACUACACCUGAAAAAAUGUGGCUGCCAACUUUCUGUGACUUCCUCAAGAAAGAAGAAAAUCCGGAGGAGUGAGCAUCACCAACCGAUGGAAACCAGUGAAAUCACAGAAGAAAACCACAGCGCGAUGGAAGUGAGUGAAAUAACAAACAGAAUGGAAUACAAUGAGGCCUAUCAGAAGGGACUUCCAAGUAGUGAUGAAGAGAUGGUGUAGAAAUCACCUGAAAUAUAAGGCUGGUGAUAAGUGUAUGUGUUAUUGAACGAUGUGGACAUAAUAGUCAUAAACUAGAGUUCGUGAGGCUGCUUUCAAUCAUACUUACCACAGCCAACUUUAGCUCCCAUAAGUAAGCAAACAUGAAAUACUUGCAUGUCACAUGACAAGCGAAUCAAAUGGGAUAGAUCCACAAAUCCAUGGCACAUACAUACCAAAAGGAAUGACAUGGAUUGCAAAAACACUAUUUGCCUGGUUAAAAGUCUGAGCAAGACACCUGAUAUUAACAACAUAUGUAUGAAAUUUCAAUGUUGGGCUGAAUGUUUGUCUGACGUGAAAUAUUUCAUUAACUAUUAAUAAAUUUACCUUUGAUAGACAUUCUUAUCAGCUGGAAUUCACUGUAAAUUUAAUGAAUCUGAUGAUGAUAACCCAUCUAAGAGGUCCUCUGGUUGGAAGUGGGACUUCCAAGAGGCCCUACUGUAUGCCAUUCCAUUCAUUAUUUCAAUCACUCCCAUUGCUAGACAAUAGUUUGGAGCACCGUUUAGGAGUACCAGCAAGUUGCUGGCUUGCAUUUGACCUGCCAAACAACUUUGGCUUGAGUUCAACCUGCCAAACAACUCAACACUACAGAAACCAUAGAAUCAGUGCAGAGGCUAACAAUAACGUCUCAGGAAAGGUCUUCUCUAUUGGUACCUCCACGCUGAACGCUUCAUCUCUCGCACUUACAGGAGGAUUUUAAUUUAUGCUAUGUUUAUACUAAUUUCAUCAGUGCAGAAAUGGAUUAUUAAGUAACAUUGCCAUUCUGGGGAGUGCUCUUGGAAUAGCUCAGCGGAUGGACAUCAUCGUCAUCUCUACAAUCAUGGAUUUUUCAGUACAGCAGAGAGCUUCAACUGCCGCUCUUAGGUGUCCUGGAAUGUUCACGAACUUGGAGAACUGCCACACAUCUGCAUAGCCAGGACCAACCACUCCUCAUUCUACACACAUCAAGAUAAUGUAAAAAUUUAACAUAGGAUUAAUGAUAUAGCAUUAUAUAUGUUAAUUACUA